AUGACGUAUGAAGCAGCACGUUUACGGAGGAAGCACGACUGGGGAAAACUUUCAGAGAGAGAGCGAGGGAAAUUCAACCACGGCAUGAUCUCAACUAUUUCGUUCUUCAUUCUUGGUAAGUAAGACAUGUGAGCCUCAACUGCAUGUAAAGUUAGCUGUAGUGAUGGUGAGAUGAAACCUCUUGAAGCAUCUACGCUUUCCAUCCAAUUACUGGCCUCCUGGGCUGAAGCUUCAUGAUUGCGCUUCAUUUGCUCUAUUGCGCCAUCAAGUGGACAAUAAAUGUAAAACAGGCAGAGUGAUAAACCAAAGACACCCCGAGACUUUGGUGCACAAAGCUUUGAAUUGAAUAAAUGAAUAGAUGUGAUGCCGUGUGUUUGUGAUACAAUACAGAAAUGAUGAAGUUAUUAACAUGGUGUUUGUCUUUAAGAGGACAUAAAUAAUGGAGAGGGUUGUGGUGUGGAUGUGCUUGUGUUACUUAGUUUGUUGUUCGUAUAUUGUUAUGGGGACAACAUAUAAAACAUUUAUAUUUAUUUAAAAAGAACUUUUCAACAAGUCUCGAGUCUAUGGAUUGUGAGUGGGGGAGGACUCCAUUGUGUUUUGCUGCCUGUUAAAUCAUCCGCCAAAUCCGCGAACCGUUACUUGAAUCAGUCACGUGGUACAGCCGGGUAGCGAGGCUUCGGACAUCAUCAUUUUUGGCUCCUCCCCUACAUGAAGCAAGCCUCGAUACGCGCUUCGCGGGCACUGAAGGACACAAAAUUAGUUAGCUGACGGUGGUUGGAACUAUAUGCUUACUCACAUGACAAAUAGUCGCAAAUGCGCCCUAAUUUUUCCAAUGGUGCGACUUAAAAAAAUCUGAGGUUGCACCGGUGCGACCAGCUGCUCAACUCUCAAAGCCCCGCCCACUGUCUCGGAGCAAAUCAUACUAGCACAGCGUGGAUCAUCCAGACUUGAAGCCCUCUGCGCACACUGGAGUCACGUAGUUGCUUCGUAGUUCCCACACCAUGCGCGGAGUCCCUGCAGGCACGUAUGUAAGCACCUCAACGUGACGGAGAAGUAUCACACACAUCGAAGAGGGCAGUCUCAUACAUCCGAUCACUGAGUGCUCGAUCGAAUCCAUCACAGCGGCUGGUGUGUACAGAACUGUAUGGCGAAAAUUCGCCAGUGAAACAUACGCCUUUUUGCGUUGCAUAUUUGUGUCAUGCAACUAGAGAAAAAAGUUAGUCUAGAGCCCUGAAUUUUAUUGUAAUUUGUAAUUUAUUAUUUUCCCCAAUAGAGUCAUGGUUUUGAGAGCAAGAAACCAGAGAAAGAAGAAAAACACUGAACCACAGGUGAACUCAGACAUCACUUCUGACAAUGAAGGAAAGCUUUUUAUUCAGUGUCAUUUGUUCAUACACUGGUCUCGUCUCUCAUGGUGCCAGGUUGUCAGGGGCUCUAUUCUUAAAGGAGAAUUCUGGCCAAAAAUGACACUUACUGUGGCGUGAGGGAAUGCCACCGAUGUACCAAAAAAAGGCCAAGUUAAAUCCCAAAUGUGCAUCCUUCUCGUUCUGCCCAUAGAAGUUUCUGUAAGUGAGGAGAGGGUUAUCACAAAGCAUUGCGCGUCCACAAACUUUAUAACUUAAACACUCCGAGAAGCUAAUUGUCAACUUUAUCUACCUUUUCCGACAUGACAUUUUUGGAUAUACUUAUAUCAUUAGCAAGAGCAUGAAGCAGUAUUAAAGCAUUGUUCCUGAUACUUUUGGGUGCUUUUUUUUGUUCCUUAGCCUAACCCUUUUUCUUAUAGUGACUUCCUCUACACAGUUGCUUUGCAGAGAUUAGUUUUGUGAUGGAGGAAUAUAGGCUAGUGAAGAUGGUGCUGACUUAUUAUUUUAGAGCCCCAUAUGAUAGGAUGUUUGAGCCAGAACAUAUAGUCAGGUAACAUGCUAUUAGGAGCGCAUUGCUUUCUGAAAAUGUAGAUAAAGGUAGAAGUUGACUUCUCAGAAUGUUGAAGUUAUAAAGUUUGCGGUAAUCCUCUCCUCAGAGACGGGCUGUUUUGUUUACUGUUGGAACGGACUGUGAUGUGCGUUUCCAUCCGGAUGAGUAGUUCCAUUGCACCGGCAAGGCUGGAAGCCAUGGAAACGAGCGUCGACUCGUUUCCAUGGCUUCCAGCCUUGCCGGUGCAAUGGAACUGGUGGCAUCCAUCAGCGAUGCAAACACAACACAUACAUUGAGUACUAUAAUUAUUCUUGAUUCAUGUAAAGAAACACUUUUUUACAUCGUGGUAAAUACACGCAUGGUUGGAAUGUCCAUCACAUUCGUUAUGAGGCUGUGGGGACUUACUGAAACAUCUAUGGACAGAACAAGAAGAAUAUACAUUUGGAAUUUAACUUGGCCGUUUUUGGUACGUUAGUGGCAUUUCCUCAUGCCACGGUAAGUCUCAAUUUUCGCCUCCAUUCUGGGCCUCCUCUGACUUGUUACCGUUAACCAAGAUACAAAUUAAGGCUCUUUUCCUUUUUGUGUACAGUCGUUCUCAAACUUUAUAAUUUUAAUUACCUGCAUAACACUGAGAGGGUACAAUUGGACCCUUAUAGGUCCGUUUGCUUCUAUUUGUUCACUGUCAACUGUUACACACACAUACAGGGCCAUUUGGAACUCAUUCAAGGACACUUUGGGAACCACUGCUCUACACUAGUGGGUCUCAAACUGUGGUGCGUGCACCCCUUGUGGUGCGCGAUAGCCUUCUAGGGGGUGUGCGCAACAUGACAAAGCUAAUGGUGUUGCUAUGGUGUUAUUUUAAAUACAUGAACAUAUAAGGCCUUGUAUGUCAAGUAUAUGCACAAUAUAAGCGGCAUAAUAUGCCAUAUUCAGAUAUGUGCCAUAUCCAGUUUCAUAUAUGUGGAUAUAGGAAACAUAUGUAUCUGUAUAAGUAUAUGUAGGGGAAUGUCUUCAUACAUUUAGGUUAAGAAAUGUAGAGUAAUUAUCUUUUAGUAAGAAGCUACAAAUAAUCUAGGUUGGCCUGCUCCUGCUGCCCCACGACCAUGAGAUUGUGAGCAAGGCUGUCUUGCAGGAGCCCAAACUAUCUGUCUGUUGGAACAUGUAAUCUCUGCCAGGGUCAAGACGAACCUAAACAAAGUGUCGUGGGGCAGACAUGUCAUCAUGAGGGGCCUUCUGGAGAACACACACACACACACACACACACACACACACACACACACACACACACACACACACACACACCUAACAGCAUAAAAGAGAGUAGAAGUAAAGCUAGGAAGGCUUCCUUCGGUCUUGGUCGAGACUCCAAGACUCCACGCCCCAGGCUGUUCUUCAGAUCUCAUCAUGUCUCCUGUGCAUUGUUUAUGCUGGACUUUCCACAACAUAUACAUGUAUGGAUAUACAUGUACGUGUGAGGGGGUGCGUGAGCUAGGUUGGGAGGUAACAGGGCGUGCACGGACAAAAAAGUUUGGGGACUGCUGGUGUAGAGUGAUUCCAGUGAGCUACAUGCACAAUAGCAGCACCCUUACUCUGUUUGUUCAAAAUGGAACAGAGCCUUCAUUAGUGUCCUCAGUAAUACCUGUGUAGGUAGUCAGACUCAGAAGAGGCCGGGAAGUAGAACAAAAUGGCUUUAUGUGCAUAGAGCCUGUUAGGGAGUACAGUGAAAUAAUAUUUUUGAGAAUUAAAUGCAUCUUUCUGCAUCUUCAUUACUUGAGGAGAUUCAACUACAAGCACCAACCAUGCUCAAGGUUGAGCUUGACAAACUGAAAGGGGAGAACAGGCUGCUCAAAGAAGAAAUCAGGCUGUUGAAAGCAGAGAACCAACUCCUAAAAGACCAGCGGGACUUUCUCAAGGAGAAGGAGAAGGCUCAGUUGUCAGGGGUCACACUUCCCACACGUUCAAAAGGCAAGGACUCAAAAUGCCUAACUAAGUCUCAUCUUUUCAAUUUAGUCACUAGACAAUAAAGUUGGGGGCUGGCUUCAUUGGUUUUGCCUGGUUUUGUGUCGCUGCUGCAGUUUUUGUCUCUGAAGAAAUGGGCAAUAAGACAAUAAUAGAGAGAAGUGAUAGAUUUGCCAAGUUUAAGCUUUGCUUAUAACCUUUACACUUGCUAAUUUUUAAGUUCCCCAGAAAAGGAGGACACGGGAAUCCUCAGUCUCCUCUGAGUCGGGUUCAGAGUCAGACGACUGGAGGAACAGCAAGAAGAAAAAGCGUUGUAGACAUUCCUCUGAUGAGUACUCAUCAGAAGAAACCCCCAGGAAGAAGACCAGAAAACAUGAGGACAGAAAACUCGAGCCAUCAUUUGGAGAGCAAGGUGAACCUUUACCUGGAAAAAAUAAAUCCCUUUCUAUUGCUCCUUCCGUUUACGUCACACUAUAACACCAUUACAGUCAGUCCAGAAAGUAUUCAGAACACUUAACUUUUCCCGCAUUUUAUGUUACAGCCCUAACGACAAAAGGAAUAAAUUCAUUUUUUUCCUCAGAAUUUUACACAAAAUACACCAUAAUCACAAUAUGAAAGAAGUUUUGUUACGAUUUUUGUUAAUGUAUUAAAAAUUAAAAAAAAAAAAAAUCACAUGUGCACAAGUAUUCAGAACCUUUGCUUAAUAAUUUGUAGAAACACAUUUGGCAGCAAUUACAGCCUCAAUUCUUUUUGAAUAUGUUGCCACAAGUUUGGCACGCCUAUUUUUGGGCAGUUUUGCCCAUUCCUCUUUGCAGAACCUCUCAAGCUCCAUCAGGUUGGAUGGGGAGUGUCGGUUCACAGCCAUUUUCAGAUCUCCAGAGAUGUUCACACGGAUUCAAGUCUGGACUCUGGCUGGGCUACUCAAAGACAUCCACAGAGUUGUUCUGAAGCCAUUCUUUGAGAUUUUGGCUGUGUGCUUAAGGUUGUUGUCUUGCUGAAAGAUGAGGCAUCUUCCCAGUCUGAGGUCAACAGCACUCGGAACCACCAGAAAUCUCCCUAGAGCUGGCUGCCUAUCUAUACAGAGCAAUUGGGGGAGAAGGAGCUUAGUCAGACAGGUGACCAAGGACCCGAUGGUCACUCUGUCAGAGCUCCAGCGUCCCUCUGUGGAGAGAGGAGAAACUUCCAGAGGGACAACCAUCUCUGCAGCAAUCCACCAAGCCACGCGGAAGCCAGGCGGAAGCCACUUCUUAGUAAAAGGCACACGACAACCUGACUGGAUUUUGCCAAAAGGCACCUGAAGGACUCUAAGACCAUGAGAAACAAAAGCUCUCUGAUCUGAUGAGACAAAGAUUGAACUAUUUGGCAUGAAUGCCAGGCAUUGUGUUUGGAGGAGACCAGGCACCGCUUAUCACCUGGAGAACACCAUCCCUACAGUGAAGCAUGGUUGUGGCAGCAUCAUGCUGUGGGGUUGUUUUUAAACAGCAGGAACUGACUAGUCAGGAUUGAGGGAAAGAUGCAUGCAGCAAUGUACAGAGACAUCCUGGAUGAAAACCUGUUCCAGAGCUCUGUUGACCAAUGAUCUACAAUCUAUUGGUCCUGGGUACCUACCAGGUAAUUAUCAAGUAAAUACCUAGUAGGUGUCAGCGAAAUACCCAGUAACGACGGGUACUUUCCUGGUUGUUACCAUAUAAUCACACACUACAUAUCUGGUAAUUACCUUCUAUUUUACCUUCUAUUCAAAUGUGCCUCUACAAAGUAUUGAGCAAAGGUUCUGAAUACUUAUGCACAUGUGAUGUUUUGUUUUUUUAAUUUUUUAAUAAAAUUACAAAAAUCGUAACAAAACUUCUUUCAUGUUGUCAUUAUGGGGUAUGAGGCAAUAAAAUGACCAAAGUCUUUUUGAAAGUGAAAUAUCCCUUUAAGGCCUGAGAUUUAUUUAGAGAAACAUUUUUCUAGAUCACUGCUGCUCACAGUUUUAGGGACUCCCCAGAAGCAAGUGAAAUGUUCACUUUAGGAAAAAUAUAUAUUGUAGAAUAUAUGAGAAUAUACUGUAUAUAGAUUUGCACAUAGUUUCAUGGUGUACAUGACAAUCAGUACUUAAGGACUGAAAUCUCUUAUACAUGUUUUCGGAAUUAUGAUUUAUAUUUUCUUUUGAUUUUCUUGUCUUGUAGUUAUGAGCCCAGAGGACGUCGUGCAUAGAUAUAAAAAGGUCCUCAAGGAAUUUAAGCGCACCCGAAGCCUCACCAAAACCUGCCAAGCAUUCGGCAUCUACAAGAACACCAUAGCUUUAACUGCUGUCAUCGCCGAUGUCAUCAUCGCUGGAGGAGAGAGCAGGAAAUAUGGAGAGCUGACCCCUAUUGCAAAAAAGCAGACUUUGGCAGACUAUGCCAAAGUCUGCAAGGCCUUUUUAGAUGACAGCCCUCCCCUGCAGCAGAAAAUUGAUGAGAUGAGGAAGGCCACAGAGCUUCUCACGAUCACCUACAAAAGUAACAUGUAAGGGAUUAAAAACAAUCAAAUGUUUUCUGCAGUCUAGUCUGACCUCUGUUGUUGAUAGUGCUGGGUAGUGUUUUACAGAAAACAAAAAGGGGGAGAACCAAUCAGUGUCUGUGCUCAGGGCCUUGUCAUUGACUGACUUAGCUCUGCCACUUUUUGAUUUCUGCAAAAUGCCACCCAGUACUUGGGGCCAGACUGGUCUGCAAAAUAUAGGGAUGCUGCUAUCCAGAAUUUUCACUUAUGAUCUGAUCCAGCCCAUUUUCUUUUCUUUUUCUUUUUUUUUAUUGCGGGACACACCCUAGACACCCUCACCCUCUUUAGACUCUCUCUCUAAAAAAAGAAAUCAUUCAUUCAUCCAUCCAUCCACCCAUUUAUUCAUUCCAUUUCUUUUUAAUGUUUAUGUUUUAUAUUUCUUUUUUUUUUUUUUUUUUUAUAUAUUUAUUUUAUGUUUUACAGGGUUAGCAGUGUUCUUAGGUGCAAUUCUGAGAAUUUGUUUUAUUUUUUUAUUUAUUUAUUGUAAUUACUGCACUUUUUUUAUUUGUACAGUUUACCCCUUUUCUUGUUUUUGUUUUUUGUAUGUGAGUUCAAUGUUUUGCUGCACCUGUUUGUACAUACUUAAUCCACUGGGAUUAAAGUUCAUAGUUCAAUAACCUAAUUGUGUUUAUUCAUCCCAGGGGUUGUAUUUUAUAUGAUGGCUGGUAAUGGUGGUAAUGCUAGUGUUUUGGGUGGAUCCUGGGGAAUAAUGACAGCUAAUUACAAAUGCAGUGUGUUUGUUGUCCAGGAGGAGGAGCAGACCCACGGACACUGUGUCGUAGUGUAGAGUCAAAAUGUGAGCUGGACGUAAAAUAUGACCAAUAUUUUGGACAUUUUACGUCCACUUUUUUGGGUUAUGACAACUCUGGUAUAUUUUUCCACACCCACACACUGAUGCCAUUAGGUUCUAGUAUUAAAAUUUUGAACAAGUUUUUUAUUUUCUCUGUGAGAAGAAGGUUGUGUUGCAUAUAUUUAAUUUCUGGGCCCAAAACAGGUUGGUGAGUGACAAUUCUACUGUAUUACAGGGUAUAUGACUUGAUAGUGGUUUGGUAUGCGCGUGCUUCCUAAUGAGCUGGUGAAUAGCAGGGCUUUGCUGGGUAAAUGGCAUGGAGUUAUCACAAUUCUAACAUGGGUGUGUGGUAGUGAUGUGUCCUUCAGUGCCGAGGCUUCGAAGCGUGUGUCGAGUAAUAAAGGGGGCGUUUCCGCGAAGUGCGUAUCGAGGCUUGCUUCAUGUAGGGGUGGAGCCAAAAAUGAUGACGUCCGAAGCCUCGCUACCCGGCUGUACCACAUGACUGAUUCAAGAAACGGUUCACGGGUUUGGCGGAUGAUUUAACAGACAGCGAAACGCAAUGGAGUCCUCCCCCACUCACAAUCCAUAGACUCGAGACUUGUUGAAAAGUUGUUUUUAAAUAAAAAUAAAUAAAUAUAAAUGACAUGUUUAUGUUUUAUAUGUUGUCCCCGUAACAAAAGUGCGAACAACAAACUAAGUAACACAAGCACAUCACAUCACAACCCUCUCCAUAAUUUAUGUCCUCUUCCCCUUUUUGACACUGCAACUGUGUCUUAAAGACAAACAUCAUUUUAAUAACUUAAUCAUUUAUGUACUGUAUCACAAACACACGGCAUCACAUCCAUUCAUUCAUUAAAUUCAAAGCUUCGCGCACCAAAGCCUCGGGGUGUCUUUGGUUUAUCACUCUGCCUGUUUUACAUUUAUUGUCCACUUGUUGGCGCAAUAGAGCAAAUGAAGCAUGAACAUGAAGCUUCGGCCCAGUAGGCGAGUAAUUGGAUGGAAAGCUUCAAUGCUUCAUGAGGCUUCAUCUCGCCAUCACUAGUGUAUGGUGUGGUGCCGCACGAGGUGGGGCCUGUUACAGCAGCUCCCAAGUGUUUUAUACUUUUUGUAUCUUUUUCUCUUUCAUUUCUGUCCUGACACAUGUGUGUCUUCACCAGUUAGUGUCUAACUACUGGAUACACCGACUUUUGUCUUUUUGUAACUUUUCUGGCCGUUUUUCUCUACACUUUUUGGCACUUUAGCACUCAUGGCAGCGGAGGUUCAAAAAGGCGACGGUGAGCGCUUUGUUUACAAGCGCGAUUAGCUGAUUGCGCUGAGUAAACCUGUGCUGCUGCCCGGAGCAAGGCCUGACAUCCCGGAGGAGCUGCGUAGGAGGUGCCGGGGAUGCAGAGCAGGAGCCAAGCUGAGGGUAAAGAAGAUUUCGCCCAGCUGUACCAGCGAUUAUCACGGGGAACGUGAGGACUUUGGGGAAUAAGACGGAUGAGCUCAGACUCAGAGGGAAUACCGUGAGUGUAACGUCUUUUGUUUCACUGAGACAUGGCUGCACUUGCAUAUCCCGGACCACAGCGUGGCGGCACCCGGCUUCAGAGUUGUUCGAGCGGACAGAGAUGUUAUUUGCAGUGGUAAGAAGAAGGGAGGAGGGAUUGCACUGUAUGUGAGUGAGAGGUGGUGUAAUCCCGGACAUGUGCAUGUGAAGGAACGUCUCUGUGAACCGGACAUUGAACUGUUUGCUGUCGGAAUGCAUCCGUAUUACCUGCCCCGGGAAUUCAUGUCCACCAUUGUGAUCCCUGUUUACAUCCCUGUAAUUGUAAUUUUAAUGUCUUUGUUAAGAAUUGCUUGAAGUGCCCCUCACAACAGACUUUCCAAUCAACAUAUCAGUUAAUCAGCAUGUCUAGACAUCAACAGACAACAUCCUGCAGGAUGCUUCAGGUGUCACCACCACCCCAGGGGGGUGAAGUAACAGUCCCCACAGACAACAAAAGGUGCCAACACCCAAGCCCCAUUCCUUGCCCUCUGGGAGGCGGUCCUAAAAGUAUAAAUAUUCUGUAUUCCCUAGAUUCGGGGUCCUUUCUGAUCUACCCGCUCGGAUCCAGAUCGACCUUUUCUUUGCAAAGAAAAUAAAACCUUGUCGGCCGGCAGAAGUCUCUAUUUCAUUAUUCACCAGCAGCAACGGAAAAGAAAAACUUCCACGACAAUUUGGUGUCAGAAGUGGGAUCCCUCGAGCAAUCGUCUGGGCCGGAGCAUGGACAGUGACAGGCCAUCCUGGAAAAACAAAAGAUUUCCAGCCUCCAAACCUCAAAUUCUUUUGUGAGAAGGGAGGACUGACCAAAACCGCCCCAGAUCGUUGCCGCUGGGAUUCCACGAACAAAAUUCAGCAAAUUCAUCUGGUGAGCACUGAAAUAUUGACUUUCCUUUUCUUUAAAAUUUGGUUUUUAAUUGGGCAUGACAUUUUUUCUUAUGAUCUCCAUAACUUGGCGUGCUUUUAUCAUCAUUUGUAGCUUAACUAAGUGAUGUUACUUUUUCUAGGGACGACAAGUAGUAAUUUUUUAUUGCUCGUGAGUCCUUAGACAAAGUAAAGCUUUUUCUUGCUAGUAGCUUUCCCUGGGGGAUAAAACGAAGUAAGGCUUUUCUCAUUAUUUGAAGCUUAACGAAGUAAUGUUGCUCUUUCUGGAGCCGACAAGUAAUUGAUGUCUGGACCACUGAGUUUGGAUUCCCAACAGGGGGAUCCCUCAGUUUUAAAAAAAAAAAAAAACAAACAUUUUUUGCUUGUAGUCUUUAGACAAAGUAAAGCUUUUUCUUGCUUGUAGCUUUCCCUGGGGGAUAAAACGAAGUAAGGCUUUUCUCAUUAUUUGAAGCUUAACGAAGUAAUGUUACUCUUUCUGGAGCCGACAAGUAAUUUUGUUGCUUGUGUGGCAAGGGGGUGCUAUUUUAUUCAAAAAUAGAGCAUAUUGUCUCCAACUAGCAACGCCACCUGGGGACUUGCACCCCAGGAAACUGAACUUUCAAACUAAAACAGGAAGCUAAAAUAAGAAUAAAGGCAACACAGGUAAGUUCUGAAGAGGCAGAGACAGAGUUCAAAAUAUUUCAAAAUGUUUAUUAGAUCAAAAAAAAUGAAGUUAAACGUAAAUAUAACUGAGAAAUUUAACCUAGGAGGGAAAGAAAGGGAUAAAGUUAAAACAACAUAACAAAACACAGAUAAGGGGGCAAGAAAGUUAAUUUUAUUUCUAUAAUAAAAUUUAAAACAAGGCCUUCUACAAAAGUUAAAAAGUACAAUAACCCCAACUUAAACUAAAUCAAAGAAACCCAAACUAAGUUAACUUAAAAUAAGCUGAGGCCACCAGAAGGGAGGCAGACUACAGAGGGAAAGUGCAGGGGGGUGCUCCCUUAUACUCACCAAGUGAAGCACAGCACACACACUGCAAACCUUCAACAAAAGAAACAAAAUCGGUGUAGUCUUGUGACCCGGUGUCAAACUCAUGCAAAGGUGGAGGGCCCUCACCCGGGGUGCCUAGCCUCCCAAACUAGUGGGCUCAACCUCUGAAAUAAAAUAAAAGGAUUAACCAAAGAAACAAACAAACAAACCAGCGAACCCAGUUGGUAAAACUAGAGGGAACUAAGGAGAAAAGCAACUAAGGGUAACUAAGAACAGAAUGCAAACUAAUGGGGGAGUAACUGUGUAAAACAACCAAACUUAGAAGUAGAAACAAACCAAGUAAGGGGGGAAACCAAUCAAAAGGGCAGAAACAAUCAAAGUAAACAGGCAAAAAUAACUACAAUUAAUGGGGGCAACAAAACAGCAGCAGGUCUACCACCAGCACUCUGAGCAGAUCAGAAGGCCGACUGCAGGUGAGCUGCUGCCUUUUGUUCAGCUGACCUGAUUAGGGGAAGGGAGGGGUUAGAGGAGGAGGGAGAGCUGCAUUCAAUAGCAGCAAGGUGCUGCCUGCCACAAUCUGCCCCUGGGUUUUGAAUCGGCGACCCAACGAUUUACUCUUACUGCCAUGGCCUAAAGACAAAGGCAGUAUGCCCGGGAGUGUGAGAGUUCGUAGCCCCUAUUGCCCUACUCUGUGCUGCCUGAGGGAGGUGAUGUGGGUUCGGGUGUUGGCCAGCAUUUGUGCGAGGGGUCCUGCGCUGGGAUGCUCCACUGUGAGCUAUAGGGUUUGUCUCGUCCAACUGCUGCUGAGGGUCUUGAGGAGCAGGUGGUGGUACAGCAUCUUCUGUGGGAGCUGCUAAGGGGGCCUGAGUCGGUAAAGGUUGAUUUGUUGCUGGGGUUACCUCAGGAAUCACAACAAACCAUUCACCAUCUGCUGAAGCUUCAUUCUGGGGAGGAGGUUCAGCCACUUGGGGGGGUCUCUGGUGGGUUGCAGUCGGUCACACUAUCCACUUUACCUCUCAGCAGGCAGCGGUGGACAUGCUUCACCUGGUCGAGGUUGUCAGCAGGAGCGAUGGUGUACACUGAUCCUCCAGCGGCUGGAGCCUUAAGUACUUUGUAGAGUAUUGGGCCCCAGAUGUCUUGGAUCUUGUGCCGCCCCCUUGCUCCCACAUCCUUCAGGAAAACAAGCUUGCCUUCUUGUAGGGGAGCAUCCUUCACAUGUCGGUCGUAGUUCUGCUUACGCUUUUCAGCUGCUGCCUCCAGAUGCUGUCUAGCUGCCUCAAAUGCAUGUCGGAGUCGGGUUUGAUGCUCUGUGAUCCAGGCGUGAGUGCUGCCAGCUGUGGGUUCAGGAACUCUGCCCAGAAGGAAAUCUACAGGUAAGUGAGGGUCUUGUCCAAACAUUAGAAAAUAUGGGGACUCACCGGUGGAUUGAUGUGGUGUGGUGUUGUAGGAAAAGGUCACCUGAGGUAGGUAGCUGGCCCAAUCCCUUUUCUUGGUUACUGGUAAGGUGCGUAGGAGGUUGUGUAGUGUACGAUUGAAACGUUCACAUUGUCCAUUACCAGCUGGAUGAUGGGGGUGGUGUGACUCUUCUCUAUCCCAUACAUGCUGCAGAGUUGUUUGAUGAGGUGGCUCUGAAAGUUUCUGCCUUGGUCGGAGUGAAUACGCCCCGGUACACCAAACCUGCAGAACCAAUCAUUGAUGAGGACCUUAGCCACUGUUGAUGCUAGCUGGUCUCGGGUUGGAACCGCCUGGGUGUAUUUGGAGAAAACAUCUGUCAUAACAAGGACAUUCUCAAACCCGUUCUUUGAUGAUUCCAGGAUAGUUAAGUCCACGGCGAGGAUCUGGUUUGGCCGGGAUGCCAGUAAAUGUCCCAUAUAUGCACAGGCAGUGGGUUGAGUGUGCUUUGCCACCUGACAGCGUUCACACUUUUGGCACCAUUCUUUGAUGUCCUGGUGCAUUCUAGGCCAAUAGCACCGCUGGUGGACCAGAUCUGUUGUGCGGUCCACACCUUGAUGUCCAUGUUCAUGAUGUAACUGAUGCAGGACCUCACUUUUUAGAGACUGUGGUAGCACCAGCUGCAACACCUCCUCUCCCCGGGGAUGACAAACUCUGCGAUGAAGAAUGCCGUUUUUCUCUUCUAUACGGCUCCAUUGUCUCACCAAUGUCAGGACAUCCUUUGAGGCUUUCUCUCUUUCUGCUGCAUUAGGGCCCCUUCCUCUGCUCCAAAACAGAAGAAAGUCACUGAUUGUUGGAUCAGCCUCCUGCAAUGCACACAAAUCAUAGUCAGUGAGAGAGGGGAAUGCUGAAAUGGUGGCCUGAGUGGCUCUUGUUACCUGGCCUGACUCAAUAGCCUGCUGCAACUGCUCUGGAACUGGGAGGCCAUGAGGUUCACAGUGUGAAGUUCUGCUGACUGGGUGCUGCCUGGAGAGGGAAUCUGCAUUUUUGUUAAUUCGACCAGGCCGAUACUUUAUGGUGAAGUCAAAUGAAGCCAGUUGUGCUGCCCAGCGUUGCUCUGUUGCUCCUAGUUUUGCUGUGGAUAGGUGGCUGAGGGGGUUGUUAUCCGUGUACACCAUACACUUUUGUCCUAACAGAUAGUCUCUGAAUUUUUCUGUCAUGGCCCAUUUCAAAGCCAGAAACUCCAAUUUCAUGGAGCUAUAAUUGUCCAUGUUACGCUCUGUGGGUUUGAGACCUCGGCUGGCAUAAGCUACGGGUCGAACUUUCCCAUUCUGUUCUUGUGAAAGGACAGCACCCAGCCCGCUAUAACUAGCAUCAACCUCCAAGAUGAAGGGCAAGUUGAAGUCAGCAUAGGCUAAAACAGGAGCAGUCACUAACCGAGUUUUGAGUUCCUCAAAGCUCCGCUCACACUCUGUGGUCCAUGCAGCACUCAGACUCCUUCCUGUUGGUCUUUUAGAUUUUGUUCCUGUCAACUCAGCCACUAGGUGAUGCAAGGGGGCAGCCAGCUUAGCAAAACCUUCAAUAAAGCGUCGGUAGUAGCUGGCAAAUCCCAAGAAAGACCGCAGCUCAGAGACUUGGUCAGGGCGCUGCCACUUUGACACCACUUCUAUUUUGUUUGGGUCUGUAGAUACGCCAUGCCUGGAUAUUACAUGGCCAAGGUAGCUCACCUCUGGUUUGAAGAAUGUGCACUUCUCCAGUUUGGCUCUGAGAUUCUCCUUUUGUAGGCGACCCAGCACAACAUCCAAGCGUUUCACAUGCUCCUCUACAGAGGAAGAGAACACAACCACAUCAUCCAGGUACAGUAACAAUGAUUGACAAUGCUGAUCUCCAAAGAUUCUCUCCAUUAAUCUCUGGAAGGUACUUGGUGCAUUGCAUAACCCAAAUGGCAUGCGGUUCCACUCAAACAACCCAAAUGGGGUGCAAAAUGCAGUCUUCAUUUUGUCCUUCUCAGUCACUGGUACCUGAUUAUAUCCAGCAGCUAGAUCCAAGGUUGAAAACCAUUGGGCACCUGAGAGAGUGUCGAGGGAUUCCUCUAUGCGGGGCAGGGGAAACGCAUCCUUUCGGGUCUUGCUGUUGAGGAGCCUGUAGUCCACACACAACCGGAGGCUACCAUCCUUCUUUUUCACCAACACAAUAGGAGAGGCAAAGGGGCUACUACUUUCUCUAAUAACCUGGGCCUCUAAAAGCUGGUGAAUGUGAGCCUUUGCUGCCUCAUACUCUGAAGGGGGGAUGCGUCUGUAUCUCUGACGUACUGGGACCUCAUCCACUAAAGGUAUGUCAUGAGAAAUGAGGUUUGUGCAUCCUAUGUCACUUUCAUGUGAAGAAAAGACACCACUGUACUUGUGCAACAAGGACCUGACUUCUACUUGUUCCUGUUCUGUAAGGGCCGUUAAAUCAAGUGCAUCAACCUUAUCCUGCACUGAACUGGUCGCUGACUGAGAGGAAACUGUGGCUGCUACUUCCCCCUCUACCAGACCUGUGGGCGAGCUUACAAGGUGAACAUUACUCAAGGUGCCAAGAACGGUUCUCGGGUACAGUACAACGUCGUGGAUUCCAACAUUUACAACAGGGAUGUAAGCUGUGCCUCUACUCACCUGAACAAGUGCUGGGGAUGCUAGCAGACCUGCAGGCAAACCUGUGCUAAGGGGCUCAAACAAAACUUCCCCAAGGUGAUGCUGAGAGCAGGUGGCUGCCACAAUUUUUAGAGAACCCCCAGGAACUCUACAAACCCUCCCACCUUUCACCUUGACCCGACUGGAAUGACCAGAAGGGGCAGCUGCUUGGGCCUGGUGACACUUUUGAAAGGCCUGCUGAACUUGGAUAGGGGCCUGCAACACAGAAGGUAAGUUAAACAGAGCAGGGCCAUGAAGUACAAACAACUCCUGGUAACAUUCCUUUAUGAUGUUCAUACCAAGGACACCUGGAACUGAAUGUUCACUGUGUGGGGGAUCCCUGACCACCAAAACACCUCACUUUGCUAUGACUCUGCCGCAAAGCUGAACAUCUAACUCCAGGUAUCCAAUGUACGGUAUGGCCAAGCCAUUAGCUGCACUCAAUCUCAACCAAUUACAACACUGGAGUUUGUCUGGACCCCAUGGUGCAAAAUGUUGAGCAAAGAAACUUUCAGUUAUAGUUGACACCAUUGAACCUGUAUCAACCAGGCAUGGAACUGAAACUCCCCCCAUAAGUACAGCUAAGUUUGGGCAGACUGACACCAAGUUAUCGAGAUUAUUAGCAGCAGAGUCUGAGCCUAAGGGGCCCCCACCUGAACUUUGGCUCAAUGGUUCAGGGGGCGAAAGUUUCCCUGGUUCUGAGAGGGCUGUCUACCAUUAGAGCGAAACUGUAUUGAAUGAACAGGAGGCUGUGGGGCUGGGAACUCUUCCUCACACUCCCUAGCAAAGUGGCCAGGCUUAUGACACCUCCUACAAAUGACAUUUUUCCUGCGGCCAUUUGGUUGGGUGUUUUGAACAUCGUUUAAGGUGGCUAAACUUUGAGUUAGCUUAUUCAGUUGCUCUUGCUGGUUUUUAAGGAUUUCUUUCAGCUCACCCAACUCAGAAUUGAAGGAGCUACCUGCCUGGCUAUGAUUGGGGUACCCUUGCUGAACAGUUUGUUGAAAACCGAAGACAUUAGGCACAGAGUGGCUUCUACCCCUCCCACUGGUGGACAAUCCCUCCUGCUCCCACCUAAUGGCCUCACUGCGGACAUCUAUCAGGCUGGCUGUAGGGUGGCUUCUGACAUAUUGCUUCAGUUCUCUGCGAAGGGAGCAAUCGACAACAUGUUCAACAAAUUGGUCUCUCAGUAACACAUCUUUGUUAGGAAGAAAAUUUGGUGUCUUUUUAUCAACCUUGUCCAUUAGACACAAUAAAGCAUGUGAAAAUUCUUGCAAUGUUUCCCCAUCUUGUUGUUUUCUAGAGGAAAACUCCUCUUGCAAAGACACAUAAGACCUUGAACACCCAUACAGUUCCUGUAAUAUAGCCAAAACCUUGUUUGGAUCUUCCCGUUCCUGCUGAGGUCUGUACUUAAUCUCUUCUCUGGCUUCCCCCUCUAAAUGGUCAAAAAGAAAAAGUGCUUGCUCAACUGUGGACAUAUUUCUAGCACGGGUGCAAGCAUGGACUUCUUCCACCCACUCAACAAUGCUAAUUCCAGUCCUGCCCCUAAACAUGGGACAUUUUCUCUCCCGAGAAAGGUAAACCAGUCUUUCAGUUACCAUAUUGUUAACUGUAGGGGGGCCAGAUGAAGUUGAGCUUGAGGUGCUGGGCCCAGGAAGACUGGACUGCCACUCUUGACGCAUGCGUUGAUUCUCCGCCUGCAGCUGGGCGACCAGCUCCUUCAGUUGAGCGAUUUCCUCCUCCAUGGGGAAGCAGAGCAGAGGAGAUUAGCAGAGUACCAGGGGUGCAGCACAGGGAUCCCUCCGGACCUGCUGCUGUUUUGCCCAACAAACACAAAAAUACCAAUAGAAAAGGAAAAAAAAAAAUCUACACCAACUGGGUUGCAAAAGAAGGAAAAAUACACACGUCUCUGCCUUUAACAGAAUCCUGCCGGCAACGCCAGAAUGUGGCAAGGGGGUGCUAUUUUAUUCAAAAAUAGAGCAUAUUGUCUCCAACCAGCAACGCCACCUGGGGACUUGCACCCCAGGAAACUGAACUUUCAAACUAAAACAGGAAGCUAAAAUAAGAAUAAAGGCAACACAGGUAAGUUCUGAAGAGGCAGAGACAGAGUUCAAAAUAUUUCAAAAUGUUUAUUAGAUCAAAAAAAAUGAAGUUAAACGUAAAUAUAACUGAGAAAUUUAACCUAGGAGGGAAAGAAAGGGAUAAAGUUAAAACAACAUAACAAAACACAGAUAAGGGGGCAAGAAAGUUAAUUUUAUUUCUAUAAUAAAAUUUGAAACAAGGCCUUCUACAAAAGUUAAAAAGUACAAUAACCCCAACUUAAACUAAAUCAAAGAAACCCAAACUAAGUUAACUUAAAAUAAGCUGAGGCCACCAGAAGGGAGGCAGACUACAGAGGGAAAGUGCAGGGGGGUGCUCCCUUAUACUCACCAAGUGAAGCACAGCACACACACUGCAAACCUUCAACAAAAGAAACAAAAUCAGUGUAGUCUUGUGACCCGGUGUCAAACUCAUGCAAAGGUGGAGGGCCCUCACCCGGGGUGCCUAGCCUCCCAAACUAGUGGGCUCAACCUCUGAAAUAAAAUAAAAGGAUUAACCAAAGAAACAAACAAACAAACCAGCGAACCCAGUUGGUAAAACUAGAGGGAACUAAGGAGAAAAGCAACUAAGGGUAACUAAGAACAGAAUGCAAACUAAUGGGGGAGUAACUGUGUAAAACAACCAAACUUAGAAGUAGAAACAAACCAAGUAAGGGGGGAAACCAAUCAAAAGGGCAGAAACAAUCAAAGUAAACAGGCAAAAAUAACUACAAUUAAUGGGGGCAACAAAACAGCAGCAGGUCUACCACCAGCACUCUGAGCAGAUCAGAAGGCCGACUGCAGGUGAGCUGCUGCCUUUUGUUCAGCUGACCUGAUUAGGGGAAGGGAGGGGUUAGAGGAGGAGGGAGAGCUGCAUUCAAUAGCAGCAAGGUGCUGCCUGCCACAAUCGUAGUCUUUAGACAAAGUAAGGCUUUUCUCUCUGCUUGUAGCUUUCCUUGAAGGAUAAAACGAAGUAAGACCUGAUUUUGAAACACAGAGACGUCUGUGUGGAAUUUGUCGCGACAAAACCCAUUAUGGGGGGCAAGCUUUCCAUUGAGGUGAUACCUCCGGAAGGGCCAAUUGUUGAGAUCAUGAGAAAGAAAUGUGGGGACAAAAGCUUAAAAUAUUUAAAUGUCUGGACCACUGAGUUUGGAUUCCCACCAGGGGGGUCCCUCAGUUUAAAAAACAUAUCAAAACUAGAAGAAGAACUAAAGGCAAAAGAACAAAAAAUUAGAAGAAAAAAUGAAGUGUCUGUAAGAAAAUUAGAACUCAUUAAAGGUCAAAAAGAAUGUUUACAGAUGUGGAAAACUGAAGCAGAGAUACGAAAUACAAAGUUAAUGCAAAAACAACUACCCUUUUCAUGCAAAAAGGUUGAAACGAUUGAGAAGCCAGAUUCACAUAGACAAAGAACACAGAACUUGCAGAUCUCUUCUUCUUUGUUUCCACAGUUGGCGGCUCUGAGGCUGGAUUCAGACCUUGACGGCAACCCACCUUCCCAUCCUUCAGCACCACCACCAUACAACUCUGCAACACCCAGCGAGAGAAGAGAAGCAGACUUCAUCAGGCCACAACUACGAGCAAGCUCAGAAACAGCUCGUUCUGAAAUGCCUGGUCUAUCACAAGACUCUACAACCAACACCCUUUCUCCAAUUGCACACAGACUAUGCAAUCCAAUAAAGACACAGCCUGGAACAUGCCUAUGGUUGAAGCAUCUGAACCACAAGGCGCAACUUUGUUCUUUCGACCAUGGACUUCUGAGGACAUCACAGCCACUUCACAACAUCUGCCCAAACCCCAUGGCAACAGACUGGCAAAGAAUAGCUGGAGAAUUCCCAAAUGCUGAUCUCCACUGCAAACAUAUCACCUGGGAAGACAAAUCUAAUGUCCAAAGAGGAAAAGGACGUGGCCAUCACAAAAACUGGGAUAAAAGACCUCGAGGAGAUGUCUGUUUCCUGUGUGGCAAACAUGGACAUUGGAGACGUGAUUGCCCUGGCAACACCUCAUCAGACGCAAUAGACAAAUCGGACUGA